AUGUCUUUCGCCACCAGUAACUCUGCCAACCAGCUCCUCGAUGCCAUUGUCGCUGCGCAAAAGCCAGAUCCUGAUCGUGUAAUUCGCAUAGGUCGGGCGACGGAGUAUCCCAAGCAAGUAUGGUACUUCAUCGCUAGUUUCAUCGCGCUUGUUUCGAUUUGUCAUUGUCUCUCUCUCGUAUACACACAUGUGCGCACAUUAAAACCCGCAUCGGAGGGCGUAGCUGCUCGUGGACGUGUUUCACUCUUGCGACUCCCCUCGCGCACUUAUGGAACUGUUCAGAAUUGUGGCAUUCCGCUGUACGAUUCCCCGUACAUCGCUGUUGUUUUUACCUGGUCCUUGAUCAACUCUACCGCCACAACGGGGCUUCGAUUUGAUCCGAAGUACUGGGCGAACACUGCAGGGAAUAUCGCUGCGUCCCAGCUUUCUUUACUCGUUGCGCUUGGCAUGAAGAACAACAUUUUCUCCUUCUUAACAGGCGUCAGUUUUGAUAAGUUGAAUUUUUUGCACCGAAUGGUUGCAAGAGUGUUAUGCGUGCUCAUCUGGGCUAAACAGAUAGACUUAGGUCUCGCAGGUGCUGUGACGUGGGAUCAUCCUUGGGUCCAAUGUGGUCUUCUCGCUGGCGUGUCGUUGACGUUACUUAGCCUUGUCUCCAUUCGUCCCAUCAGAGAUGCAGGCUAUGAGGUCUUUAAGGUUAUCCAUCUUAUUCUUGCUGCGACUUCAGCAUCUUCAUUCUCAGCGCCUAUUUUCACUCUAAUGGCUUUAGGACUUGGAUCUUAUGUAUGGCCCUCUAUCCUCCUCUGGGGCCUAGACCGUUUCCUUCGUGCCCUACGUCUCCUUCUGUUCACUUCCAAGGAAAUUUUAAGGGGUAACGCCACGGUUGACGUUCUGUCCUCCCACUUCCUGCGCGUCAAAGUGGUCAAGCCCAAGCUUCUCCGUUGGGUUCCCGGACAAAGUGUCUACCUUACCAUUCCUAGCAUCUCCUUGGUCCAAGCACACCCUUUCACAAUCUCGGGAGUGGAGAUCACUGACAGCGAAGAGCGACUGGUCUUUCUGAUUCGCGUUCGGGAUGGGUUGACGAAAAAGCUACUAAACAAGGCUGAGGAGGGCUACAAGGCGAUCGCGUUCCUUGAUGGACCGUAUAGCUCGCCACCGAUGCUACGGGGUCACGAAAGUAUUGUCCUGAUUGCAGGUGGUUCCGGCGUCGCGUUCACACUCCCUUUACUCCUUGAUGUCCUCAGUGCAAAUCAGGUGAAGCGCCUUGCACAAGAGUAUUGUUUGUGUGGGCUAUUCGCGAUGACAACGGCUGUCUCGAAUGUUCAGGUCGACAUACAUGUAUACAUCACGGAGUUAGCGCAAGAUAUAGAUAGGGAGUGGGAUGACAACUCGGUGAAGACAGACCCCGAAGAGAAAGCGGGGAGAGCUUCCGACAAGUUUACGAGCCAGUGUCAGCGAUCCUCUCGUUAG